AUGAGUUUUGUAACUAUUCUUGGCAUUGGAAUUUGCAUUCCAAUUGCCAUUCUUUCUGUUAUAAUGGUUAUACUUAAGAUCAUACUAGCCAGAACUGCUAGUCACUAUGUUAAUAUUGCAGAAAAACGCGUUGAAGACUUUGAAACAAAAAAGCUUAAGAUUCUUGAUUAUAAUGCUUUUUGGAGACCAACAAUGCUUCACAUGGGCAGAGAAGAGUGGAUGCGCUUAAGAUCUAAAUUAUUGCUUGAAAAAAUCGAGUCUUACGAUGUUGUUUGCCUUGAAGAAGGAUUCCAAUUUGGCUCAGAUAUUGCAAAGAACUUUAUUGAAGGUGCUAAAUCUCUUGGAUUUAAAUACGUUUUAACAUCAAAGCUUCCUCCAAUCUACACUCAUCAAGUCAUCGACAGUGGCCUUAUUAUCCUUUCGAAGUUCCCAAUUAUUGAAUCCGAUACCAUCAGAUACACAGUAUUUUGUGGAGUUGAUUCAUUCGCAGCUAAAGGAUCAAUUUACGCAAAAAUCCAACUUGAUUCUAAGAACCACGUUCAUUUAUUCUCGACUCACCUCCAAGCAUCUUACCAGAACGGACAAGAACCAACAGUUGUUGACGUAUUAGUCCGCCAGAAGCAAUUUGACCAACUCAGUGCCUUUAUGGCCACAAAAGUCACUGAUGGCUAUCCAGCUGUCUUAGUUGGUGAUCUUAAUGUCAAUUCCAGAUUAGGUGAUGAGUACAAAUCUCUUCUUGAUCAUCUCAAGAUUCCAGAGUACUCAUGUGUUGACACCCUUCUCACCACUCAUGGUGAACAUCCUGUUACAUGCGGUGGUGAUGAUGACAAAGUUUUGCCAGAACCAGGAGAUGUAGGAACUCAUCAGUCUCUUGACUACAUCUACUUGUUUGAAAAGCAUGACAAACCUCAAUUGAAAGUGUCAUAUAAACCAGAAGUCAAUAAGAUGCUUGUUAACGGACAAAAGUUCUUCCAAUUGUCUGAUCAUUUUGCUGUUGAAUGUGAAUUUGAGUUCAAUUAG